CAUAUAGAUCACCUCAUCAUCUCUUCGGUGUUCUUCUCAUUGUCUAAGCCUGCAAAUUACCAGUAUUCCUACCUUCCACAAUUGGGCUUCUAAAUCUCUCGCAUUGCAUUCAUGGCCACUCUUUCUUUUUAUAUUUUUAUAUUUUUUAUUUCUUUUAUUUUUUUAUUUUUUCUUUCAUUCAUGGCCACUCAAAGACACUCUUCAUCUACUAAUUCCGAAGAUACUAAGAAAAGAGAGAGAGACACUUCAUCUUGUUCGAAAGAAGAUGAUCAAAAAAUCAUAUCCUCUUCCUCACCUUCUUCCUCGAUGCCUCGAUCGAAACAUGUGGAUCCUUCAGAGGUAAGAAAUAAAAAAAGGACUUUUGUAGAAGCUUUUGCCGCACAAGAAAACGAUCCUGAUGUAGACAUCAAAGAGAUUGAUACGUGGGGAAAAGUUUGCAGAAAAGUCGGUAAUCUUGCCGGAGAGCACAUAAAUGAGGACAGGUACGAAACAGAAAUUAUACAAGAAAUCAGUGGUAAUAUAUCUCGUGUGUUGAUCAAUUCUAGAUCCUCACUUCAUGAUAACAAGAAAUUUGUUGGAAUAGAUUCCCGUGUAGAGGAAAUGAUGAACUUAUUGCAUAUGGAACCGAAUGAUGUUCGCUUCGUAGGAAUUCAUGGGAUGGGUGGCGUUGGUAAGACAACGCUGGCCAAAAUAAUUUAUUAUAGAGUUUCUUCUGAUUGUCAAUUUGAAGGAAGCAGCUUUAUUUCUUUCAAUGGAGAAAAAUCUAAAGCUCGUGAUCUAGCUUCUUUACAAACGCAACUUCUUGAAGGGAUCAUGCAAGAACGUAUAGAAGUAUGGGAUCCUCACAAAGGAAUUGAGAUGAUAAGAAGCAGGAUGCAGAACAAAAAAGUUUUUAUCGUCCUUGAUAAUGUGGAAAGUGACGAGCAACUAGAGUCAUUAGCAGGGGAUCAUAAUUGGUUUGGUCCAGGGAGUAGGGUAAUUAUAACAGGCAGAGAUAGUCAUCUGUUGAAAAUAAAUAAAGUGAAUGAUAUGUAUGCGGUUCAGCUGCUUCAGCCCGCCGAUGCUUUGCAGCUCUUUAGUUUGUCAGCCUUCGACGAAACCCAUCCUCCAGAGGAUUACAAGGAUCUAUCUAUGGCUAUUGUGAAUUAUGCUGGAGGCCUUCCUUUAGCUCUUAAAGUUUUGGGUCGCUUCUUAUUUGGGAGACCAAUAGAUGUAUGGAAAUGUGCUAGGGAUCAUCUAAAAGGAAAUCCUCCAAAACAAAUUUCUGAUAUACUUCAAAAUAAGUUUUGAUGGGCUGGAGGAAUCGCAGAAAAAAUUGUUUUUGGAUGUGGCAUGUUUUUCUGAUCAAUGGAUAGAUUUUAAGAAAAUAUAUUGGGCCGACGUCAUUGAGGUUCUCAUCGAUAAGUCACUCGUAAGCAAAGAUGACGUAUACUUUAAAGAAAGGUUGACCAUGCAUGAUUUGCUAAAAGAAAUGGGUCAGCAAAUAGUUCGCCACGAAUGUCCUCAAGAACCUGGACGACGUAGUAGGCUGUUUCAUCAUGAAGAUGUCUUUCACGUACUGAAGAAUAAUACUGGAACUGAUGCAAUUGAAGGCAUAGUACUCCAAGAUUUGCCUCACAUGAAAAAGAUCAGAUCACUCAAUGCCGAAGCAUUCUCAAAGAUGAGAGAAUUAAGACUUCUUAAAAUAUCUGUUCCUCCAAUAUUUAGCCAGAUUUAUCCAUCACCAAUUAUAGAAUGGCUUGGAAAUCCUUUAGAAUACAUGCCAAGCGAUAAGUUGCGAUACUUACAUUGGUUUAAUUGUCCUUCAGAAUCCUGGCCGAGCAGUUUCCAACCAAAAAAUCUUAUUGUACUAAGCAUGCCUGGCAGUCGCUUCAAACGACUAUGGAAGGGGUUGGUGGUUUUACACAAUUUGAAGCUCUUAGAUUUGAGUGAUUCUGAGGAUUUGAUUGAAACACCAAAUUUGACAGGAGCUUCAAAUCUUGAGAAAAUAGACCUUGCACGUUGUAGAAGCUUGUGUGAGGUCCACCCAUCCAUCGGAGUUCUCAAACGACUAAAGCAUUUGAGUUUAAAUCGUUGCAAAUGUCUUAGAAGACUUCCAGACAAGUUCUGCUUGGAAUCUCUUGAAAUUUUGGAUCUUUCUGGAUGUACAGGACUUGUGAAUACCCUGGAUAUUCAGGGAGAUAUGACAUCUCUGCAGAUCUUGUAUUUUAGCGAGCCUACCAAAAAAGAAUUACCAUCAUCGUUUAUGAGUUUCUCUGGCCUUCGCGAUUUAACGUUAAGUGGUUGCAAAAACAUUUCAAUUUUUCCAAGUGUUAUUUGUAGUUUGUCAUCUCUUGAAAGUCUCCAUUUGGAUGGUUGGUCAAGACUUCAGAAAUUUCCAGACUUGAGUAGCUUGGAAUGCUUGAUGCAUCUGAAGGCAUACUGAACUCCUCUAACACAAAUACCAUCUGUCAAUCUAAUCCCCAAGAGCAUCCGUUCCUUUUCUCUCGAAGGACGAAAGAGGAUGCCAUGUAAACCUUUGCCGAAACAAAGCUCAUAUCUCACCUAUGAUAUCGGAUCACCUGUAGAAUAUGAGAUGGAAGGAAUGCUUGAGGUAGAAGCACUGCUAAUUAAUUUUGGCGGCACAGGCAAAUAUUCGUCAAACAUUAUCUUUGCCGAUAAGGUGAUGAUAUAUGCGUGGUCCUUGGGAUAUGGAAUUCCGGAGUGGGUCCACAAUAGAAGUAAUGGCUCCUCUCUAAAGAUAGAGUUGGAUGGUACUAUGAAGGGGGUGGACUGUGCUAUCUUUAUUGUUUGUGAUUAUCAUCAAUUCCAUUCCCCUGAAGGUAUUUCAAUUUCUUCGUUAUUCAAGGAACGUUCAUAUGUGAAGUUUAAAUUUUGUUUUGAGACGGAUGACGGUUCUCUAGGAGAUUGUUUUUACGAACUUAGGUUUCCAUAUUCCCUGGACCUCGUAUGUUUCAUUAAGCCAAUUGUAUUCUGGGCGCAUACACGAACUCCAAAGUUUUUCAAACGCUGGAAAUCGAAUAAUUUGGAUAAACGGAGCUCCAUUAAGAUUUCAAUUACAGUAGAAAUAUUGGAUUAUUUCUCCAAUCAAACUCCAGUGGAAUUAGAAGUGAAAGAAUGGGGGAUGCAUUUAGUAUGUCCGGAUGAUGCUGGUCUUGGUUUGGGAUUAGAUUUAGAUUCCUAUCUUCAAUUUUAUUCAGUAUGGAAAUGCGGCAUGGAGAGAAAUGAAGAUUAGAUUCAUCAGGAGUACCCCUUUAAAGCUUAGUCCUUUUGAGAAUGGCUUGACAUUGUUUAUUUUGGGAAUAGAAAAUAAUCACCAUUUUGUACUUGAGACCUUUCGAUUCCAUUGGCGAUGUCAAAGUGAUCAUAAAAUCUCAAAUUGAUUAAGGGAAUGUAGACAACCACCCAAGCAGUUUUUCUUCUGUCAUGUUUCUGGUACGUUAUGCUACCUCUGUGCUUCAUCUCUGACUUGGAUCUCUAUAAAACAUGAAGUAUUUUAGUCAUUUUUGCUUCUAUCUGUUUUUAAUAUGAAAAAUAUGAUUAAAUGUUUUGUGCAUGGAAUUGAUCAUCAGGGAACCUUCAGUUGCCAAAACGUGGAAGAAUACUAGACAUGAAAGUGUUGCUUGAUGAGAAAUGAAGAUUCAAUAUUUCAGUCAGAGUCCUUGAUAGGAGUUAUCCUUUUGAGUUUUCUUUGGUAGCUCCCAGCUUGGCCAAAUAGUUUGCAACUUGGUUCACCUUGCAGAACACAAGGUGGCAUGAAAUAGUUGGCUUUGGUAUUAUUUCUUUGGGAGCAGAAGAUGUUCACCAUUUUGUUUACAAGUUAGGAGUCGGGUCUGCAGCAUCGACUUCCCAAUUGGUUUGUUGCAACUUACCUCAUUUAAGCACCAUGAAUCAAUUGGUCUAUAGUGCUCUCAUUUAAGCCACUUCGAAUUCACCAAAAAAAUAAAAAAAUAAAAAUUAUUCGCAUUUAUAUUUCCGGUGUUUUUGUAUGUGCUGAUAAAUAUAUAUUAUUGCCAGCACUUAAUUUUCGCACCAAUAAAUAAUAAAUUUUGCUGGCAUUUACAUU